AUGGCUUAUUCUCGUUCUCUUGUUGCGAUUAUCAUUUCCGCGCUCGCUUUCCAGGCCAAGAAGACCAACGCUCGCCACAUCUACAGGCAUGAAGCGCUCAACAUUGAGCGUCGGCAAGGUGGACCACUCAUCGAAGACUCACCGACGACACCGGUCUCUCUCGAAGUCAUGUCGACAAGCUCUGAGCCAACGAUCUUGACCUACCUUACUCCAUCGCCAGGCGCGUCAGCGAUAGCUAUCACCGAACAGAGUCAGCUCGCAACAUCAUAUGUUCCGCAAUACACUUUGUGUGCGCUUCCACCCCAGGCAGUCUUCCCAGCGACUCCACUGCCGACAUUGAGCACAAUGACCUCUCCAUGGCGCAACUAUUCCAUCUCCAUUCCUCCUGGGAAUGGCACAUGCACGACCAUCUAUAGCCCCACCCCGACAAUGGUCUGCGCAACAACAUUGACAGGCCUUGUGGAGAAAUACACUGUCAGUAAAUGCGAUCAGGACAUCACAUUCUCGACUGAGUACGGGUUCGUGCUGGCUUCGCCGACUGCCGAUUCCGACUCCAGUGCACUCGCCACGUCUGGCGCUCUCAUCACUCCGCGCCCCACGGUCCAACGCUUGACGACCUAUUAUCUCGCACCUUGGCAAGCCGUCACUGCUGGUAUGGCUCCAUCUGACGUCGAUCUCAAGGUCUGCGCCUUGUAUGCCAACGGCACAGAGGAGUGCAUUCACCAGUAUGAGGUGUGGAAGACAUCUCUCAUCACGAAAUCGGCCACGCGGACCACUUCUGUGAACAUCUCUACGACCCUGCAUGGUCUGAGCCAGGUUAUCGUCGAGACGUAUAUCGCCAACAUUACAGAACAGCUCACGACAUUCUCCAUGUCGACCGACAUGGAGUUUGAGUACGCCACCGAGAUCAUGACAACGCAGAGAGAGAGCGUGACAAGUGUCAGUCCUACGCCAACGCAAUACUUGACCGUCACUGUGAAAAAUGCUCCGUCUAGCACCACUUCUUCGAGACCUCGUACCACGCGAACUUCCACGAUCCGCCGUACCACCACGACUACUGUGUAUGUUGGGACCACUACAGCGACCCUGCCCGAUGCUGCCGCAGCAGCAGCAGUGACCAAGGCCGCUGCCGCCUCCGAUGAAACUCCCGACUGGGUCGCAAUGUUGGGCAUUCCUACCGCAAACAAGCAGUGA